AAUGCACACAGCCCCACAGAAAAGUGUGGGAACUCUACGCUGCCUCUCGCACGCCGUCGUCAAAGAAAUCCCUCAGCUUCGAAUGGCAAAGGUGGAAUGAGCGCACUGCUGCUGCCGACAGCGAUAGGUUGACCGCCUAUAUAGUCUGCCCUCGCUUCCUCCUCGAAAGGAUCAGCAAGACAGCAAAGGACAGCUCAAGGACAACAGAGCAACAAUGCAGGCUCUUCCUCAGUUCGACUAUAUCUUCGCCCUCGGGUUGAUCUUCGCUUUCCUCGACGCCUACGGUAUCGGUGCAAACGAUGUCGCAAACUCCUUCGCUACCUCCGUCUCCUCUCGCUCCUUGACGCUCAUGCAGGCAUGUUUCUUGGCUGCUAUUUGUGAGUUCUUGGGUGCGUUGCUGUUGGGUGCCCGUGUUACUAAUACCAUCAAGGAUGGUAUUAUCAACAUCGACAUGUUCACGGAAUCGCCUUCUGUUCUCAUGUUGGCGAUGUGGUGUGCCCUCGUUGGUUCCUCUUCGUGGGUUUUGCUGGCCACUCGUCUCGGUCUCCCUGUCUCGACUACUCACUCCAUCAUCGGUGCCAUUGUUGGUGUUGGUAUCGCCGCCAACGGUGGAAAGGGUGUCAAGUGGGGCUACGACGGUGUCGCCCGUAUCGUCUCCUCCUGGGUCAUCGCUCCAUUCAUCGCCGGUGCUUUCGCCUUGACCAUCUUCAUGCUCACCAAGUACUUUGUCCUCAAGCGUCAGGAUCCCCUCAGGGCUGGUUUCAUCGCUAUCCCGAUCUACUUUGGUUUCACUUCUGGUAUCUUGACCAUGAUGAUCGUCUGGAAGGGUGCCCCCGGUCUCGACCUUGACGAGUUGGGUGCGGGAACUAUCAUCGGUGCCGUCCUCGGUGUUGCUGGUGUCGUUGCCGCUAUCUGUAUCUUCUUCUUCGUUCCUUACCUCCACCGUCGUCUCGUUCGCGAGGACCCUACUGUCCGCUGGUACCACUUCUUCCUCGGCCCUUACCUCUGGAAGGCCGAGCGUCUUCCCUUCCCCGGAGCCGCCAACGCUGUUGCGAUCAAGGAUUACUUCAACGGUGGUCUCGCUUCCGGUGACAUGGAGCUCGGCAAGACCCAGCCCACCCCCUCCGCCGAUGAGAUCACUUCUUCUACCUCCAACGACGACGUCAACGCCGCCGCCGCCGCCCCCGCCGCCGGUGCUACCACCCUCGAAGACCUCGAGAAGCACGAGAUCCGCGGUCCCUGGAUUUUGCCUUCCAACAUCUGGAUCUUCUUGCGCUACCGUCUUCCCAAGCUCGCUCUCCGUGGUAUGCAGGUGGACGUCGUCAACGAGCAGGCUCGUGCCCAGCACGCUGGUGACAAGGGUGCCAUUCGCGUCGCUGAGAUGCACGCUCGUGCUGCGCAGUAUGAUAACAAGACUGAGCACCUCUACUCUUUCUUGCAGGUUUUGACGGCUUGUACCGCGUCUUUCGCUCACGGUGCUAAUGAUGUCUCCAACGCUGUCGGUCCCCUUGUCGUUAUCUACCAGGUUUGGAAGAGUGGUGUUGUUCCUGGCUCCAAGUCCGAUGUCCCCGUCUGGAUUCUCGCGUUCGGUGGUGCCGCCAUCGUUAUCGGUCUCUCUACCUACGGUUACAACAUCAUGCGUAACCUCGGAAACCGUCUCACCCCUCACUCCCCCACCCGUGGUUUCUCCAUGGAGCUCGGUGCGGCUUUGACAGUCGUGUUGGCCACCCGUUUGAACAUCCCCGUCUCUACUACGCACUCUAUUACUGGUGCUACCGUGGCUGUUGGGAUGGCGAAUGGUGAUUUGAAGGUGAUUAACUGGAAGUUGUUGAUUUGGAUUUUUGGUGGAUGGAUCAUUACUUUGCCCAUUGCUGGUACUGUUGCGGGAUGUCUGAUGGCUAUUAUUGUUCAUGCUCCUCGUUUCGGAAUGGGGGUGUAAGCAACACAUCU